AUCCAUGAUAUUAACACAAUCUAAAGAGCAAGGGGAGUUUCCAAAGUCAUCAAACCCGUCCAACUUUCUCAUUUACAGCUAUACACCACUGAAAAUGGAUCCUAUUAGGGCUGCUGUUCCUUUGCUAUGGCUUUCCCUGUGCUUUGGGAAUAUUCUGGAGGCAGCGGUACUUGGAUCAUUGCAGUACCCCUCCGGUGCGGAUGAUAACGGGCUUGUAUCACAUCUGGAUGAGCGGAGUCGCAGAGAGCCGACAGCGGUGUCCAGGAAAGACCCUCCGAUAAAUUAUACUAUCGUUCCCCAUGAGUAUAUGGUAUCUCUAUACAGGACACUAUCUGAGAUAGAGAGCAGAGGGCUUAACAGCAGUGCUCCUCGCACCGCAAGACUCGCCAACACCGUGACCAGUUUCGUGGAUCAAGGAAAAGAUCACUCCUCCUGGGGAAGUGGCCAGCGCUAUCUCUUCGAUCUCUCCAGUCUGUCCAGGACUGAUGAGCUUGUGGAGGCAGAACUGAGGAUCCUGAGAAAGCCACCGCUGGAUCUCCUUCCUGUGCUGACAUGGGGCAGGAAUCUUUAUCGCCUUCUCCUCUACACCUGUCCGUCUGAGGGGAACUCUGGAAGACGGCUGCUGGAUUCCAGGACAGUCGACGUUCUGGAUGGCGAGCCUCCCAAAUGGGAUGUAUUUGACGUGUGGGCAAGCGUGAAGGCUCGACGAAGGAGCCACAGGACAGCAGCAGGCAACGACCUCCUUGUGGCCUGCUUUGACCUGCUGGUUGUUUCGGAGUUGACCAAAGAGGCAGCCAACCCUCUUACAGUAGGGCUGCGACGCCAGUCUCGGCAGCCCCAGGAGAGGGCCUUGCUGGUGGCUUUUUCUCGCACCCGCAGGAAAGAAAACCUGUUCAAGGAGAUCAGGGAGCAGAUAAAGGCAGUGCGAGGAGACAUGGGUUUUCUGGAUCCUUUGGACCUCUCUGGUGACGUGGUUGGUCACCUAUCCAGGCGUCGCAGACGCCGGACUGCCCUGACCAGCAGAUCUAUAGGUGGAGCUGGUGGGGGAGGAGGAGGCGUCGGUGUUGGAGGAGGAGGAAGGAGUGGUGGAGGCAGCGGGCGCAGGAAGACUCGAUGCAGCCGCAGGCAGCUCCACGUCAACUUCAAGGAGCUGGGCUGGGACGACUGGAUCAUCGCACCGCUGGAUUACGAGGCGCACCACUGUGAGGGCGUGUGUGACUUUCCGCUGCGCUCACACCUGGAGCCAACAAAUCACGCCAUCAUUCAGACACUUAUGAACUCUAUGGACCCUGACUCCAGCCCGCCCAGCUGCUGUGUCCCCUCCAAACUCAGCCCUAUCAGCAUCCUCUACAUUGACUCUGGCAACAAUGUGGUCUACAAGCAGUAUGAGGACAUGGUGGUGGAGAGCUGUGGCUGCAGGUAGCAUUGCGACAGAGGGGGAUGUCUGAUUGUCUUGUCGGAAAAUCAAUUGGUGGUUUGAUGCGCUUGUUAACGCAGGCCUCCCCUAUCUCUUCCCCCUAAACCAACUGUAUUUUGUGAUUUGCUGAAAAAAAGUCCCGACAAGUAUGCUCAUUACUGAUCUGCCUUAACUUGAGUGGAACAUAAUCUAAUUUGCUGCUUAAUUUAUUAGAAUUUGUCAUUGAGCUGCUAUUUAAUUUCAUGAGCUCUUUAGCAUUUCUUUACUCAUAACAUGCUCUGGCUUUCUCUCUCUCUCUCUCUCUCUCUCUCUCUCUCUCUC